AUGCCUGAGCCUGGGCCGGACGCCCCCGGCACCGCCAGCGCGCAACCCCCGCCGCCGCCGCCCCCACCUCCCGCGCCCAAGGAGUCCCCGUUCUCCAUCAAGAACCUGCUCAACGGAGACCACCACCGGCCGCCCCCUAAGCCGCAACCGCCCCCACGGACGCUCUUCGCGCCGGCCUCAGCCGCCGCCGCCGCCGCCGCCGCCGCUGCCGCCGCGGCGGCCAAGGGGGCUCUGGAGGGCGCCGCGGGCUUCGCGCUCUCGCAGGUGGGCGACCUGGCUUUCCCCCGCUUUGAGAUCCCGGCGCAGAGGUUUGCCCUGCCUGCGCACUACCUGGAGCGCUCCCCGGCCUGGUGGUACCCUUACACCCUGACCCCCGCCGGCGGCCACCUCCCGCGACCUGAAGCCUCGGAGAAGGCCCUCCUGCGCGACUCCUCCCCCGCCUCCGGCACCGACCGCGACUCCCCGGAGCCGCUGCUCAAGGCUGACCCCGACCACAAGGAGCUGGAGUCCAAGAGCCCGGACGAGAUCAUUCUGGAGGAGAGCGACUCCGAGGAAGGCAAGAAGGAGGGCGAGGCGGCGCCAGGCGCGGCUGGGGCGAGCGCAGGGGCAGCGGCGGCGACGCCGGGCGCAGAGGACUGGAAGAAGGGCGCCGAGAGUCCGGAGAAGAAGCCUGCGUGCCGCAAGAAGAAGACGCGCACUGUCUUCUCGCGCAGCCAGGUUUUCCAGCUCGAAUCCACCUUCGACAUGAAGCGCUACCUGAGCAGCUCCGAGCGCGCCGGCCUGGCCGCGUCGCUGCACCUCACCGAGACCCAGGUCAAGAUCUGGUUCCAGAACCGCCGCAACAAGUGGAAGCGGCAGCUGGCGGCGGAGCUGGAGGCGGCCAACCUGAGCCACGCCGCGGCGCAGCGCAUCGUGCGAGUGCCCAUCCUCUACCACGAGAACUCAGCGGCCGAGGGCGCGGCGGCAGCGGCCGCAGGGGCCCCAGUGCCGGUCAGCCAGCCACUGCUCACCUUCCCGCAUCCCGUCUACUAUUCGCACCCGGUGGUCUCGUCCGUGCCGCUUCUACGGCCUGUCUGA